UUCUCUAAUAUGGCAAAAAUGUCAGAAGUUCCUCUGAUAGUAGGGAGAGUGAUCGGAGAUGUUCUUGACUCUUUCAGUGCCUCCAUGAAAAUGUCAGUUACUUACGGAAACAAACAAGUCUAUAAUGGUCACGAGUUCUACCCUACCGCCGUCGCAGCUAAACCCAGAGUUGAAAUCGAAGGAGCUGACAUGAGAAAUUUUUACACUUUGCUUAUGACUGACCCUGAUGUCCCUGGCCCCAGUGACCCAUAUCUCAGGGAACACCUCCACUGGUUGGUGACUGAUAUUCCUGGCACAACAGAUGCUACAUUUGGAAAGGAAGUGGUGACAUACGAGAUUCCGAAGCCAAGCAUAGGAAUCCAUAGGUUUGUGUUUGUUCUGUUGAAGCAAAAAGGCAGGCAAACAGUGAAAAACCUUCCUACUUCAAGAGACCACUUCAACACCCGCCGUUUCGCUGCUGACAACGACCUCGGCCUGCCGGUCGCUGCCGUCUUCUUCAACGCCCAGCGGGAGACCGCUGCCAGAAGGCGCUAGAUAACCGGAACUUAUUAAAAUAAAUUAUCUACAGCACCUACCAGUAUUAGGAGUUUAUUAUUGUGGCCUGUGUUCUUAUGCUUUAUUUUUUUCCAUUAAAGGUAGGGAAUCUAUGCUGCUUAGUUUCUUCUUUGAGAUUCCUACCCUUUUUUAUCAAUCAAGUACUGUCCACUGAAA